AUGCCCGAACCUUCGAAAUCUGCUCCUGCCCCAAAAAAGGGCUCCAAGAAGGCAAUCACUAAAGCACAGAAGAAAGACGGCAAGAAGCGCAAGCGCAGCCGCAAGGAGAGCUACUCGAUCUACGUGUACAAGGUGCUGAAGCAGGUCCACCCCGACACCGGCAUUUCGUCCAAGGCCAUGGGCAUCAUGAACUCCUUCGUGAACGACAUUUUCGAGCGCAUCGCGGGGGAGGCGUCGCGGCUGGCGCAUUACAACAAGCGCUCGACCAUCACCUCCAGGGAGAUUCAGACGGCCGUGCGCCUGCUGCUGCCCGGGGAGCUGGCCAAGCACGCCGUGUCCGAGGGCACCAAGGCUGUCACCAAGUACACCAGCUCCAAGUGA